AUGUAUGAAAACUGGAUCACAGGAGUGUAUAGUAGUGGUGAAAUAGAAACUAUGGCAACCAAAUCUGUUGCUCAUGGCGAUGCUCAAACUUUAACUGACCUUAAAGAAGUAGGAUGGACAAAGCCUCAACAUAAUCAAUCAAAGAUCAAUUUUGAUGCUUCUUGGUCUGAUAACUUUUCUCUUGCUGGUUAUGGUAUGAUUUUGCGUGAUGAAACAGGUGAAGUUGUACAAGCUAAAGCUGGGUCCAUCAGAGCCUCCACUGCAGAAGAUUCAGAGGCUUUGAGCUUGCUGGAAACUGCUUGUUGGGCAAAGAGCAUGGAGUUAAGUAAUUUUUGGGUUGAAGGGGACUGUGAGAGGCUCAUUCUUUUUGCGCAGAACAAGGUCAGCAACAUCUUUUGGAGAAAUCAGGCGAUAGUUUCAGAGGCAGUGAGGAUUCUUCAGACCUGUAAUAACUUUCUGGGGUUUGCUUUCAAGAACAGAAAAUGUAAUGAAGUAGCUGAUGCUCUGGCUAAAGAGGCACGAAAAAAAGGGAUACAUAAACAAGUUUGGUUGCAUAUGCCUGUUUUCAUUUCUAGUUUUUUACUUUUUGAUGUUCUUUUUCCAAUUCAGUUCAGAACUGUAAUUCUAUGA